AUGGAAGAGUUUCGUGAGGUGGCUUGGAUGGCGUGGCAUCUCCGGCUUCACCAAAGGCAUCUCAGAAGCCGAAGACGGCCCCACACCCACAGGUCUCCGCACAGGGGCGACCGUGGCAGCUUGUCACCUAAGGUGCACAGCCCACACGCUUCGUCUCCAUCUGUCGCCGAAGCAGAGCACCAACAUGCGGCCACAGCUGCAGCGGUGGCGGCAGCGGUGGACGUCCAAGACGGUCCGCAAUCGCAGUGGCCAGAACUGGAGCCAGACGCCCUGCAGAAUGAGGUUGCCGCCCGCGAGGUGGAGCUGCGGGUGCUUCGGCAGGAGCUCAGUACCAGGAGCCAGGAGGUGCUGCGGCUGGAGGAGAAGAUCCACGAAGCCGAAGACCAGCUGCGACAAGCGACAGGCCAUGUGGGGACGCUCUCGGCCAAGGUUGAAGCCGCAUCCGGCAGCACGCAGGCCGUUCUGCAGGCCUCAGCCAAACACCUCGACACACAGGUGACCACGUUAAAGAAGCGACUGGCAUCCGCGGAGGUCGAGCUCGCUGAAAAAGACGAGGAGCUGUCUGGGCUUCAGGAGGCGGUUGCCCAUGGAUCUCAGCAGCUCACGGCCAAGGCUGCAGAGCUGCAGACGCUGAUGGAUCAGCACAAGCUUCAGGGGAGCAAGGUGGCGAAGCUGCAGAAAGACAGCGACCUGCUCCACCGGCACAUGGCCAUCGACCAGUGGCGCCACCAGGUCGAGGCUCUCGUGGAGCAGGAGCAGGACGAUGCGGUGAAAAUCCGAGAGCGACGAGAUCACCAGAGGCAGAUCGAGGUCUUCCAAGAGGAGAUCGUGGCACUGCAGAGCUACAUCGCUCGCAUGGAGGAGAAAUGCCAAUUUCAUGCCGGGGAAGUCAACCGGCGGAAGGAAGUCUUGAAGGCGCUGGUGAUGGAGGAGCGGCUCUGUGUCGCAGCCGCUCGCCUUGGCCACGAGACGGCGGACGAGCUGAAGCGUGGUCAGAUGGAAGAGCAGCGCGUGCUCGAGGCUCGCCUCCACGAAGAGAUGGGCCGCAGGACUUCGUUGCCUGCGCAAGCCAAGGCCUACGAACAGAUGGAGGCUCAUGCGAGACACAACCAAGAGCAGCUUGCUGCGCUGACUGCGUGUGUCAGGGAGGCGGCGCGAGCUAUGAAAGAUCAUGGACCCCACGUCUCCAAGACUGCCGUAGAUGAUGCUGUCGACAGCUUCCUCCAGAAGAUGCGGCACCAAGGGGAGCUGGCUCCCCCGAUCGUCCGCAUGAGCGCCUCUGCUCACAAAGUCGCGGAGCACCUCGCCGUCACCCUGGAGCUCACGCCCGCUGGACAGCUCUGCGUUCGGGGCAAGUCAGGCCUUGUCCCAAUGGCUGAUUUCCUCCGACAACAUGGGUUCAUGAAGAUGCAUCACGAAGGCCAACAUUUGUCGAAGCAUGCUGCCCACUCCGCAGCAGAUGCAGCGCACCACCCCUCCCACCCUUCCCAUCCUUCCCACACUUCUCAGCCUUCCCACGCUUCCCACGCUUCCCACCACGCACACCCUGCCCACCCUGCCCGCCCACUCUCAGCAGUGCAGCCGCACCCAGCGCAUGCAGGCCAUCCAGCUCUGCACACACACCCAGCACACUUGGCACACCCAGCGCACGCAGCGCAAUCAGGGCACCCGGCGCACCUAGCACACGCUCACCGUUCACACCCACCGCACUCACACAUCUCGUCUCAUGGCCACGGAGCACAGCAGCUUCACACUGCGCAGCUCAACCACCCCCAAGUGCCAAAGAGCACUAUUGGAGAUGCAAAGACACCAUUGCAUGCGGCAGCAGAAGCUCACCUGACACCGCACAAGAUGGUUCAUCACCAGGAGGGGGUGACGAUGGCGGUGUGA